AUGUCAAAUUUAGAUAUUCGAUUAAUAAAGGCUAAACUUGAACAAUUAGAAAAAGAGUAUAAACGAGUUGAUUUAGUGAACGUAGAAUUAUCUUCAUUACGAACUAAUGCUACGGUAUAUCAAAGGAAGACAAAUACAAAUAUAUUAUUCCUCGUGGAAGACAUACAAGCACUUAAAACCGAUAAAAAAAAAGAAUUAAUGAAAGUAAAAAAUGAUUUAGAGAAAACUAAAAAAGAAUUGGACAAACUUGCGCGAAAAGCAUAG